CGAGGAUUGCGUAAGCAUAUUGUAAUAGUACUUGUAAUAGUUUUAUUAGAAAAUUCAAAUGGUGAUAAAAUGGUGAGACAUAACAAUCAGUUACCAGAAAAUCUUCCACAAUUACAAAAUCUUAUCAAACGUGAUCCAGAAUCAUAUAAAGAAGAAUUUCUUCAACAACAUCAACACUACAAGUCUACUUUAGAAGUCUUUCGUUUAGCAACAAAUAAAUUUAAUAAAAGUCUUGAUGAAAUAGUGAUUUUUUUAGCACGGGUGGCUCAUUGUUACCCAAAUGUAUUAGAAUCAUUUCCACAAGAAAUCAUUGAUGUACUGCAAACAUAUAACACAGUACUUGACAAUGAUAUGCGACUAACGUUUUGUAAAGCUUUAAUUCAACUACGUAACAAAUCUCUGCUGGAACCCACUGUACUUCUUAGUUUGUUCUUUCAACUUUUGAGAUGUCAAGAUAAAAACCUAAGACAAUUUCUUGAAACCCACAUUAUCGCUGAUAUUAAAAAUGUGAAUGCUAAACAGAAGAAUGCAAAAAUUAACACAACUUUGCAAAACUUUAUGUUUUCAAUGUUGAAAGACUCUAAUGUCAGGGCUGCAAAAAUGUCUGCAGACAUCAUGAUAGAAUUAUUUAAUAAAAAUAUUUGGAAUGACGCAAAAACUGUGAAUGUCAUAGCAACAGGAUGCUUCUCUAAAGCAACUAAAGUUAUGGUUGCUUGUUUGAAAUUCUUUCUGGGUACAGAUGUAGAAGAACAAAAAAAUGAAGAGAGUGAUAGUGAUAGUGAACCAAAUAUCAAAGAAGUUAUGAUGGCUAAUAGGGUGAAUAAGAAAACAAAAAAACGUGAGAAACAGUUGGCAAAAGCGAAACAAUUGUUAGCGAAGUCUAAAAAAAAAGCGACAAAAGCCCCAGGAUUUAAUUUUUCGGCAUUACAUUUGAUUCAUGAUCCACAAGAUUUUGCAGAAAAAUUAUUUAAACAGUUGGGGAAAAAUAAUGAUAGAUUUGAAAUUAAACUGAUAACUUUGGAUGUAAUUUCUAGGCUUAUUGGUCUCCACAAUUUAUUUUUAUUAAAUUUUUAUCCUUAUCUUCAAAGAUUUUUACAACCACAUCAAAGAGAGGUAACAAAACUUCUACAAUUUAUUGCUCAAUCUUCUCAUGAACUUGUACCGCCUGACGUAUUGGAGCCUGUAUUAAAAACUUUGGCAAACAAUUUUGUCACAGAACGAAAUUCUGCAGAUGUUAUGGCUAUUGGGUUGAAUGCUAUUAGAGAAAUAUGCACACGAUGUCCUUUAGUAAUGAACGCAGAUUUACUGCAAGAUUUAGCACGAUAUAAGCAUUACAAAGAACGCAGUGUAAUGAUGGCUGCACGCUCUUUGAUUGGUCUAUUCAGAAUCUCAAUACCCGAAUUAUUGCAUAAAAAGGACCGAGGUCGGCCUACAGAAGCAACUAUUACUUUAGAAAUGCCAAAAUAUGGUCAAGUAUCUGCUAAUGAUUUUGUACCAGGAGCAGAAGCUUUACUUGACAAUAAGUUUGAGAGUACUGAAGAAGUUUCCAAAAUUAAUGUUGAAAAUGAUGAUAGCGAUGAUGAAUGGAUCGAUGUAAGUGGUACUAGCGACGAAGAUGGUAAUGACGGAGACAGCGACUACGACGACGACGACAGUAAUGAUAGCAAUAAUGAAACGGAGGAAAAAGACGAAGGGGAAAAGACAAAGUUAAAAGUAUUUGUAGACAGUGAAAACGACAAUAUAAUUCUAGGUGACUAUAACCCUGAAUCUAGCAUUGCAAAUGAAAAUGCAGAGAUAGAAAUCAAAAGAAAUAAAAAUGAUGUUACAAAUGAAAGUGUUAAAUCAAAGGUAGGUAACACCAAAAUAGAAGAAAUUACAAAUGUUACAAGUCAAAAGCAAAAAAAGAAAUAUACGUUAAUAAAAUUGGAAAGAAAAAAAUUAAAACUGAAGAAACAAAAAGAUGCAAAGUUGAAAAAGAAAGAGACAAUAACAGUAGAGAAAAAGGAAAAGGCAACUUUAAUAUCUAACGAACGAUUAUUAACCGAUGAAGAUUUCGUAAAAAUAGAUACAGCAUUAGCGAAACAACAAGUAACAUACGCUAAGCGCGGUCUGAAGAGAUUUCAUCCUAAUGAUAACGAGCGUGGAGAUUUUAUCAAAUUAGCAGAUAUAGAAAAUAUUUAUAAAAAGCGAAAACAUGAUAAGCAAACUCGCAUUGAAUCUAUGAAGAAAGGGCACGAGGGAAGGGAAAAAUUCGGUUAUAAAGACAGCCGACAAAAUCCAUUGUGUAGUAAAACAAAUCGUGAAAAAAAGAAAAUCAAAGCUUUUCAAAUGUUAAAACAUAAAAUAAAGGGAAAAGUUAAACGUUCUUUUAAGGAAAAGCAGAUUGCUUUGAGAAAUCAUUUAUUGAAGCAGAAAAGAAUGAAGUAAUCGUAAUUACACAUGCGUAUAUACCGUGCACAUAUACAUAUA